UCCGCCGCGCGCCGCAGCCGGACCUCUGCCGGCCCGGUUCCCCGCCAGGCGGCGGCCAUGGCCUCGGCGGCUGUGGAGAGCUUCGUGAGCAAGCAGCUGGACCUGCUGGAGCUCGAGAGAGACGCGGAGGUCGAGGAGCGCAGGUCAUGGCAGGAAAAUGUUUCUCCAAAAGAACUGCAGAGCCGAGGCGUCUGCUUGCAGAAGCUGUGGGUGUCCAGCCAGCGGACUGGCCUGUACGGGCGUCUGCUGCUCACCCUCGAGCCCAGGAGGUGCGCGCCGGCCGCCGAGCUUCCCAGCAACAGCUUCACUUCCGGCGACAUAGUGGGUCUGUAUGACGAAGGAGGUCAGCUGGCCACGGGGAUCCUGACCCGGAUCACGCCCAGAUCGGUCACGGUGGCCUUUGACGAGUCCCAUGAUUUCCAGCUGAGCUUGGACACAGAGCCCGCCUACAGACUGUUAAAACUUGCCAACGACGUCACUUACAAGCGGCUGAAAAAAGCCCUGGUUACCCUGAGGAAGUAUCACUCCGGCCCCGCAGCCUCCCUCAUCGAGGUCCUCUUCGGCGGGUCCCCCCCCAGUCCUGCCUGCGAAAUACAGCUGCCGCCCUUCUGGAACACCUCCCUGGACGCCUCCCAGCAGGAAGCCGUGUCCUUCGCGCUGUCCCAGAAGGAGCUCGCCAUCAUCCACGGGCCGCCGGGCACCGGGAAGACCACCACUGUGGUCGAGAUCAUCCUUCAGGCCGUGAGGCAGGGCUCAAAGGUCCUGUGCUGUGCUCCCUCUAACGUCGCCGUGGACAACCUGGUGGAGCGGCUGGCGCGGUGGCGGCAGAGGGUCCUGCGCCUCGGGCACCCUGCGCGGCUGCUGGACUGCAUCCAGCAGCACUCCCUCGACGCCGUGCUAGCGCGCAGCGACGCCGCCUCGAUCAUCGCGGACAUCAGGAAGGACAUCGACCAGGCCUUCGCGAAGAACAGGCAGACCCAGGGUAAGAGAGAGAAGAGCAGUUUCUGGAAUGAAGUCAAGCUGUUACGGAAGGAGCUGAAGGAGAGGGAGGAGGCCGCCACGCUGGAGAGCCUCAGGUCGGCCGCCGUGGUGCUGGCGACAAACACGGGCGCGUCUCCCGACGGCCCGCUGAAGCUGCUGCCUGACGGCCACUUCGACCUGGUGGUCAUCGACGAGUGUGCCCAGGCCCUCGAAGCCAGCUGCUGGAUCCCCCUGCUGAAGGCCAGGAAGUGCAUCCUGGCCGGAGACCACAAGCAGCUGCCGCCCACCGUGGUCUCCCCCAAGGCUGCCGCGGCGGGGCUGGGGCGCAGCCUGAUGGAGCGCCUGGCGGAGGAGCUGGGCGCGAGCGUGGUGCGGACGCUGACGGUGCAGUACCGCAUGCACCGGGCCAUCAUGCAGUGGGCCUCGGAGGCCCUGUACCAGGGGCAGCUCACGGCCCACCCGUCCGUGGCGGGCCACCUCCUGCGGGACCUCGCGGGAGUGGCCGCCACGGAGGAGACGGGCCUCCCGCUGCUGCUCGUGGACACGGCCGGCUGCGGGCUGUUCGAGCUCGAGGAGGCGGACGACCAGUCUAAGGGCAACCCUGGGGAGGUGCGGCUCGUGAGCCUGCACGUCCAGGCCCUGGUGGAUGCCGGCGUCCGCGCAAGCGACAUUGCUGUCAUCACACCGUACAACCUCCAGGUGGACCUGCUCAGGCAGAGCCUUGCUCACAGGCACCCUGAGCUGGAAAUCAAGUCCGUCGAUGGCUUCCAAGGCCGAGAGAAGGAGGCCGUGGUCCUGUCCUUCGUCAGGUCCAACAGGAAAGGUGAAGUGGGCUUCCUUGCCGAGGACCGGCGGAUCAACGUGGCCGUCACCCGUGCUCGGCGCCACGUGGCGGUCGUGUGUGACUCGCGCACUGUUAACAACCACGCCUUCUUGAAGACCCUGGUGGGUCACUUCAUGGAGCACGGGGAGGUGCGCACGGCCUUCGAGUAUCUUGACGACAUCGUCCCUGAGAACUACUCCCACGAGGGUUCCCAGGGCCACGGCCAAGCCGACGCGAAGCCCCGGGGCCCUGCCGCUUCCUCCAGGAAGCCUGCUCGGGUAGGGGCCCCGGAGGCCAGGCUGGAGCAGAAGGCACCUGGUAGGGGGCCCGUGGGCCCUGAGGCCGGUUCUCAGCCCCGCGUCCGAGGAGGCAGCCCGGAGGCAGCGGACGGCAGAGACGGCGUGGCCCACUUCAGGGCCAAGAUCGCGGAGUUCAUGGCGAGCGAGGAGGCUCGGCUGGAGUUCCCGGCGUCCCUGAACUCGCACGACAGGAUGUGGAUCCACCAGAUAGCGGAGGAGCUGGGGCUGCGGCACGACAGCAGCGGCCAGGGCAAGAAGAGGUUCAUAACCGUGAGCAAGAGGGCCCCGCCCGCCCCGCCGCCCCCCGCCGCCCGCCCCCCGCAGGCGGAGCCCCCUCCCGGCGAGCAGAGCGGCCGGGCAGCCCCGGACCUGAAGGCCCUGCACCUGGAGAGGCUGCAGCGGGAGCAGGAGCGGCAGGCCUAGCGCUCAGGGCCGCACAGGGUCUCGGAGAAGAAAAAGAAAAAAGAAGCAAACGGGCGUGCGGCCGUCGACUUGCCCAGCGAGGACGACUUCGACGCCCUGGUCUCGGCCGCCGUGAAGGCCGAUAACACAUGCGGCCUGGCCAAGUGCACCGCGAGCGUCGUGACCCUGGGCCAGCUCUGCCUGCACUGCGGCCGCCGCUUCUGCCUCAGCCACCACCUGCCGGAGAUCCACGGCUGUGGGGAGAGGGCUCGCGCCCACGCCCGGCAGAGGAUCAGCCGGGAGGGAGUGCUGUACGCCGGCAGCGGGACCAAGGACCGGUCCCUGGACGCAGCCAAGAGGGCGCAGCUCCAGAGGAGGCUGGACAAGAAGCUGGACGAGCUGAGCAGCCAGAGGAGGAGCAGACGGAAGGAGAAGGAGAAGUGACGGGCGGCUCCUUGCACACAGCUCCAGAGCCGCUGUCUUCCACAGAGCGGGGGAGGGGGGAGCGAGCGCCGCUGCUUCCUGGUUCCUCGUACCUGCUCCCCGUGACAGUGUGCAACCUGCCCCACCUGCCUGUGCCACGGCCGGGUGGGGCUCGGGGCCUGUGGGGGGAAGGGUGGCUCCUCCUCCCUGACGCAGGGUGCGCGGGCGUGCGGUCAGGGCCACGUGGUCCUCACCCCCGCCGUGCCCGUGCCUUCCCCCUCCUCGCCAGUCCGGGACCAUUGCCCGGUGUGCUCCUUCCUUCCCAGUCAGAACCGAAAACCCCCGCCUGGGUCUUGGGGUGUUGCCGUGAGUGAGGGUCAGUAAGUUCCGCUGGAGACGUGCCUCCGUGUCCCCUGCACUGGCCCGAUGCCCCCUCAGACCUCGUACAGGUGAAUCCCCCGCGGGGCCGGCUGGCUCUCGGCCCAUCAGAGAGAGCGAGCGAGCGAGAGAGCGAGCACCUGAGAACUGGGUGCCUGGAGACGCCCCUCCCGCGCGUCCCCACGCAGCUGCUCACCCUCGUCCGUCUCCCGUCCCCCGCUGGCUGCCGUGAGCCCCCGUCCCACGCGGCAGACACGGCUCGGGCUCCUGCGAGGCCCCAAGCGGGGCUGGUGACGACACCGGGCUUGCGCAAGCCCGCGGGGGGCGUCCCCGGUGCUGUGCCGGCCGCCUGGCUGAAGGGAGCCUCAGGCUGUCCCGUUUUCGUCUCAGGGUCUCAUUUGUGUAAACGGGAUAUAAAUUAUUUAAGAAAUGAAUAAAGGUCUAUGCAUGUCA